AUGGAUGAUGGCAAGCGGUUGGAGAAAGCUGCAAAGGACGGCGAUCACGGCAGCAGGGACGCGGGCGUUGUCAAGGACGAUAGUCAGUACGUGGUGUACUUGAGAUCGUUGGAUGAUCAGAGCUUGAUACUACACAUAAACAGCUUCAGCCAGUCGUCGCAGGAGCAGAAGCAGCCUUUGUUUCAAGUGGCCUCGACUCCGAAACGCGUUACGGCGAGCUCGGACCCCUUUGAUGAUGGGUUGGAUGAUCACGUGUGGGACGUUUUGGGUGACUCUUUGCCGCAACCUGGAAAUGAGCAGAUGGGCCCCCAACCCACCUCCUCUUUCCCCUCUUUCCCCUCUUUCCCCUUGCUGUUGUCACCAAGACUAGCUAAUCCACAAGUAGACGUCACGGGGGAAGAAGCGAGCGUGCAGGUGGAGGCCAGCCAGGGGUCGGAGAGUGACAAAGAUGAAGAUGCCAUUGGCGCACUCCAUGGAUUCAAUGACUACGCCACCUACUUGCACUCAAAGCUAAAGAAACAACAGCGACAGGAUGAAGCUUAUGUUGCCUGGGAUAGGCAAAGACGCCGAUUGCAAAACCUUGAAAAGUUGCCUGCCCCGGUGUUUAAAGGUUGCACUAUUUUUGUCAAUGGCCACACGAGGCCGUCCAUUAACGAGAUUCAUCGAUUGGUGAUCUUGCACGGAGGAACGUUUUUAAGCUACUUGGCAAACAAGUCUGCUGCAACGCAUAUUAUUUGCGACAGGCUAACUCCCAGAAAAAACGUGAUGUUUAAAAACUGUCGAGUGGUCAAGGCUCAAUGGAUUGUUGAUUGUGUUGCACGCGGCGAACUUUUGGAUUGGCAAAAGUAUCGACUCAUCUUGGACGUGGCCUACGACCAGAAGCGAUUACAGUUUCCUCAAUUCAAGGAGGCAAUAGAAGAAGAGGCCGCUGACUCCAACUUGGAACCGUGUGAACAAAUUGACCGAGAGGUUAGCAACCGGGACAAGUUGGAAAAUUUGGAGGGGAGAAGAUUGUCACCAAUGCAAGAAUUGGACGAGGACGAGGACGAGGACGAGGACGAGGACGAAGACGAGGACGAAGUGUCUACUUUGCUACCUGAGGAGAUUGAUGUUUUGGAAACCCAACAAAAAUUGGAGCUACUGCAGCAGCUGCAGCAACGACACUUGAGACGAGGAGGAGAAGGAAAAGGCCAAGAAGAGGACGGCUUUGAAGACGAGAAAGUUGAUGAUGUUGAUGAUGUUGAUGAUAUUCCUGUUCUUGAUAGCAUAUUACCUCCCCGUCCUGGUAAGGGUAUACACAUGAUCCGAGGCAAAUACGUUCUAGACGCAAGGCAUCCGGAUUUCUUGUCAGGUUUCUUUGCAAAUUCACGGUUGCACCAUUUGAGCACAUGGAAAGCAGAGUUGAGACUAAAGUUUCUACGACGAAUUGUCAAGGAAAAUUUACACCAGGGCCACGCUGGCCAUUUCGAUAAAGCACAGGUGCUGGGUAAAAAAGUAAUCAUGCACAUUGACUUUGACUGUUUCUUUGCCACGGCUUCUUGUUUACAGCACCCGGACUUGGAUAUCCAUAAGGACCCAAUCGCCGUGGGACAUGGAGGCAGCACGUCAGAUGUAGCAAGCUGCAACUAUGUUGCCAGGAAAUUUGGGGUUCGAAACGGAAUGUGGUUUAGAAAUGCCUUGAAGCUAUGUCCCGAUUUAAAAUUGGUAAAUUACGAGUUUGAAACAUAUGAAAAAUGCUCUAGUGAGUUUUACAACUACCUAGUGACAAGUGACUAUUUCGAUAGCAUAUUCCCGGUGUCGAUAGAUGAAGUGUUGGUUGACGCCACUUCUUACUGCCUGAAAUCAGACAAGGGCCUUGAAGAAGCCGUGGAUGAACUAUCAUCCAUGAUUAGGAGACACGUUUUCCAGUUAACAAAGUGCCUGGUGAGUAUUGGUGCCGGGCCCAACGUAUUGAUAGCCAAAUUGGCCAUCAAAAAGGCUAAACCUAACGGGCAGCAAUAUUUUUUCCUGAAUUUGGAGCAGCUCCUUUCAACCGUCGCGAUUAAAGAUUUGCCAGGCUUCAGUUGGCGAAUUAUAGAAAAAUUGGAGGCGGUGGUGAAGCGUCAAAACCCUUUGAUUCAGGACAUCUUGGCUCUUCCGAGAUCUAGAUUGAUUCAAUUGUUGGGAGACAAAACGGGGUCAAAACUACACCAGUAUGCGCGAGGAGUGGAUUUCACUAGCAUCGAAAUAGACACAUCUAACCCCGAGACUGUCUUGGGGCGGAAAUCCAUCUCGGUAGAUGUCAAUUUUGGUAUUCGGUUUGACACAAUCGAGGAGUUGGAUGAGUUCUUUAUGAGAUUGGCACGCGAAUUGUACGAGCGGAUGGUCAAUUUGGGCAUCUGCGGCUCGACUUUAACACUCAAACUUGCCAAGCGCUCUGCUGGAGCCGAUGUUGUUACUUCCAAGUUUUUGGGACUCGGUCAAGUGGAUUUUGUUAAUAAAUCUUCGAGACUUGGGGUUGCUACAAACGAUUGGGGAGUUAUUGGCAGUGAAAUCAAAGUCUUGUAUCGAAUGACCAAUAUCCCUGUUAAGGAGUUGAGAGGUAUAUCCGUGGGAAUGACAAAAUUGAAGGAUGCCGAUUUGAUGAAAUCAUCGAAGCAGAUGAAGUUGCCCUUUGCCAAGUCAGACAAAAUAGCUGGUCUUGCUGUGACUGAACCUCUAGUGAAGUUGGAUCCAGGGAACCCCAUUCAACAGCAAAGAGAAACAAAAAGAAGAAGCAACGACGGUGGCAGUGGCGGUGGUGUUGGCGGCAGCAAGACUAGUCCGUUGAAAGCAAAGCUUAUGAAAAAAGAGAGACUAGUAUUCAGCAAAGACGACGUCGAGAAAAGGCGCCGCAGACCGCAAACGACGUCAUCAGACCCGCUCAACAAUGCAGAAAACAUUGACUGGGAAAUAUUUGAUUCCUUGCCGAUGGAGAUUAGAAGAGAACUUGAAGGCGAAUUAAAGAAAAGAGGAUUACUCCCCGAGUUCAAGAGCCCUCCCAAGGGGAAAUCGUAUUUGCAACAAUUGAUCCCAACACAAGCUGGUGGCAGACCCAAAUACGUGCGAAUCAUGGAGUCUCCAACAAAGCCAUUGCUGAAGCGUAAACUCUCUGCUGCGCCGUCUCCCAUAAAGAGAAAACAUGAGGUUGCUUAUGAAGAAUCACAGUCCUAUGACUCUAUGAUUGUUAAUGAACUUCCAUCCUCAAUCAAGCAGGAUGUUCUCAAGGACAUGGAGUAUAAAAAGAAAAUUAGAAAUUUCGACUUGCUACCAUUGCGUGAGAAAAUCAACAAAAAGAUUGAAGAUACAAGGGUCAACGUGGAAAUUGUCACGGACGAGUGGUUGCAGAAUCAACCUUGCUUAAAUGAGAUGCCGCCGUUUUUAAACGAAAAGGUUACCCCACGGCAGUUGCGAGAAAACAUUAAUCAAUGGGUUGAUACCUCGAUGAAACAAGAAGGACCACAUGAAGAAGAUGUUGCAUAUCUAGGCACUUUUAUGAGGAGUUUGUUGGAAAGGAAUCAACUUUCGAGGGUUGUUUUGGUUGUUGAGGACAUAAAAACCCGGUUGAGCUUCUACCAAUUUAUGGCCAACUGUGAAGCUGCGCAGGAAAAAAGGGCACUCGUGAAGCGAUCAUUGCAAGAUUGGAAAGCCCAAUUGACGAGCAAAUUGUUCCCGAUAAUAUUUGAAUACUGCCAUAAGAACAACGUGAGAGUUGAACUCACUGCGUAG